AUGGUGACAAACGGAGGAGCGCCGCCUCGAGGCAGCGCAGCGGCCGCUGCGAGCUUGCGCAGGCGGAGGACCGGUGGAGGCAGCAGCGCAGCUGGCGGUGGCGUGAACACCAUGCUCCAAUUCUACACCGACGAUGCCACCGGCCGCAAGAUGUCCCCCAACACCGUGCUCAUCAUGAGCAUCGGGUUCAUCGCCGUUGUCGCCCUCCUGCACGUCGUCGGCAAGCUUUACCUCGUUCCCCGCAGUCAGUAG